UGGGUAUUUCUGUAAUGCUGGCAACAGAUGCUAUAAGGCCGCUAGUGAUGGCUAAGUACUUUUCUUCUUUAUUGCUGAAAGGGGCUGAAGCAUUUAGAUGUGAGUCGGCUGAUCAGGCCAACCACCACAAUAUCGUAUUAGUCAAUAUAACAGCAAAAGCGGCCUCCGUUGGAGAAAAUGUAUUUCAGGCUGGGCAUUGCCCAUCUUGUAGGAAAAACAGAAGGCAGGGAGCUUAAUACACACUAGACGUCUGCCCUGCAUAGAAUGAAGUCAUACUCCAGAAAAGAAGAGCCUGUAUUUGUGCCAUGCAAUCGCACUACAGUGCUCUUUGUAGUCCUUGAGGAGAAACACAGUCUUCUUCCCUGAAAGUGGACCAGCAGAUGAAAGAUUAUAGGAUCUGACUGCAGUUACAGUCAGGUGCUUUUGUGUAGUGUUGCCAAGUACUGUCAUACUACCACGUUUCAUCAUGUAUGUGGGUGCACUGAAGAAUACACACACAUUUAUAAAGCACCAUAAGAUCUUUCUGGCUGAAGGGCAUUAUAAAAAGAAGUUUUAGGUGGAUGGUGUAGCUAGCUACUGGGUGUCUAAAGCAGCCAUGGCCACCAAGAACCUCAGCAGUGAACUUGGACAAGGAAAAUCUAAUGUGUUUGUAAGGUAGCAUCACAGUGCAGGUCUGAUCUGAUGAAACUACGACUAAUGCCGAUGCCUGCCUAUGAUGGGAAGAGAACACAGACCACAAACUUGGGAUUUCUGGCCUCUUAUUAGCAUUUCCAUGGUUUGGAAUGGAUAUCGGUGGAACAUUGGUUAAACUGGUCUACUUUGAACCUAAGGACAUUACUGCAGAAGAGGAACAGGAGGAGGUGGAAAACCUGAAAAGCAUUAGAAAAUACUUGACCUCCAAUACAGCCUAUGGUAAAACUGGCAUUCGCGAUGUCCAUCUUGAACUGAAAAAUUUGACUAUGUGUGGACGCAAAGGAAACCUGCACUUCAUCCGUUUUCCCAGCUGUGCCAUGCACAGGUUCAUACAGAUGGGUAGUGAAAAGAACUUCUCCAGUUUGCACACUACACUCUGUGCCACAGGAGGUGGAGCUUACAAGUUUGAAGAGGACUUUAGAACGAUUGCUGAUCUACAGCUCCAUAAACUGGAUGAAUUGGACUGUUUGAUUCAGGGCCUCCUUUAUGUUGAUUCUGUUGGUUUCAAUGGCCAACCAGAGUGCUAUUAUUUUGAAAAUCCUACAGAUCCUGAACAGUGCCAGAAAAAGCCUUAUUGCCUUGAUAAUCCAUAUCCUAUGCUGCUGGUUAACAUAGGCUCAGGGGUCAGCAUCCUAGCUGUGUAUUCUAAGGACAACUAUAAGAGAGUCACAGGAUCCAGUCUUGGAGGAGGAACAUUCCUGGGCCUCUGCUGUCUACUGACUGGCUGCGAGACGUUUGAAGAAGCACUAGAAAUGGCUGCGAAAGGAGACAGCACUAAUGUGGAUAAGCUGGUGAAAGAUAUUUACGGAGGAGACUAUGAGCGGUUUGGCCUUCAAGGGUCUGCUGUAGCCUCAAGCUUUGGUCAUAUGAUGAGUAAAGAAAAGAGAGAUUCCAUCAGUAAAGAGGACUUGGCCAGAGCUACUUUGGUCACCAUCACCAACAACAUAGGUUCUAUUGCUCGCAUGUGUGCAUUGAACGAGAACAUCGACAAGGUGGUAUUUGUUGGCAACUUUCUCAGAAUUAAUAUGAUUUCUAUGAAGGUGCUAGCAUAUGCUAUGGAUUAUUGGUCCAAGGGACAGCUGAAAGCUCUGUUUUUGGAACAUGAGGGUUAUUUUGGAGCUGUUGGGGCUCUUUUAGAAUUGCUUAAAAUGACAGAUGAUCAGUGAUGAAGCUGUCUGAAGAGAUUUCUACUGCAGAUGCUGCUGGAUAAGAGUGAGAGCCACUACAAGGAUGGAAAUGAAGCCAUUAUGGUAGUUCUACCUGCUGGAUUUGUAAAUAAUUUAAAAUCCUUUUAGCUGAUCUUUAACUUCUGGGUUUUGAGCUUAUACUUCAGAAUUCAUACUGGGAAUAACAAAAGAUUUUUUUUUUUCUGUACACUGUAUUUUUUAGGGGAAAAAUGUGCAAAGUGGCCAAACAUACAGAUUUUAUGGAUUUAUUUUAAAAAGUGGAUACUGUUUAAUGUAGGACCUGUGAUAUGAGGCAUCUGCUUUUCUUCUGGGGUUUACUGAUUAGUGUGGUAAUUUUAACUUCAUUUAGUAAUCACUCUAGGAGAUUUUUUUAUCUUAUUUUCAUGACGUUUCAUGAUUUGUUCUUGGUUUCAAAUGAAACUACAAAGCUGAUGCAUUUUACUGUGAAAACUAGUCAUUGAUUUUUUGCCUUUCCUUUCCUCAUUAAAUGAGACACUUUAUUUAACAUCCCCCCCCCCCCCCCCCCCAAAAACUGACUUUACAAGCUUUCUGUGACUACACGGGUUUCUUGGCAAGGCUGCGAGAAAACUUGGCGAGGGCAGGGUGUUUAAGAUUGUAAUUUUUCAGUGGUCAUGACUUGCAACAGGAACAGACUGCUAACUGGUUUUGCAGGACUAAUUCUCCUCUAUAUUAAAAAUUUUAAACAAGAUGUGAACUAAAAUUUUAAUUACUGGUUUGACACUAAAAUUAAAUCCUGUUUCUGUUGAAAAUAUCUGAUCUAUAUGAAGAGUUCUGUAGUACAGAUGUUAUUUAUGUGGUACAUACUUGGCAUUAGAUGACAAAGGGAGGAGAUUUGUUUUCAUUUAUUUGAAGACUUUUCUGUAGUCUGCAAUUUUUAACUUAAUCUUAAUCGAAAACAACGGAUAACUGCAUUAUUUCAAAGCCCAGUUUCUAAAAUCAAAAAAAUAUCAACUAAUGUAUUUUCUGGUUUUAAGCUAAUGUUAACUUUCCCUCCCGGACACUAAGGUUUGAGUGUUUAUUCAAAUACAGUAUUUUCUACCUUUUUUUGAUUUGUGGACCUUUCCAGAUUCUUUUUUUUUCCUCGGUUGAAUUGAGACCCCUUUGAAAUGUAUGUACUUAGAUUGCUGCAUAGCAUGUAUAAACUUGCUUUUCCUAGACACCAUGAGGGCUCACAAAUCAGAGGCUGAAAACCAGUCCAUAAAUUUUGUCUUGCAAAACUGUAUGUGAUGUCACAUAAUGUAAAGGGCUUAUCAGGGGGACAGUAUAAAAUUCAGACACAUGUAUUAUCCAAUAUAUUUUUGGAAGGGGGUUUAUUUCACUUUUUUAUUAGUCAUUAAUUUCCAUAUCUCCCAAAUGUUGAAAUAAAUUCAUAUUAACUGAAAUGUUAACUUGUCUGAUGGAAAUAAAGACCACUACUGUUUUGACGGUUUUAAUGUA